AUGGCUGCAGCUCCCUCUACCAAGCUCCUCAGGAGUCUUCGAUGUGCUCUCUCAGCCAAUGCCCAUUUCACCCUAAGACGGCAACGACCCAAUGCCUACUUUAUCCUCCAACAUUCGUCCCGCUCCGUCGCAAGCUACACACAUGCCCACCAAGCAUCAGCCAUAUCCGUCUUGCCGACUGCAGUGGACACAUCGUCUCCAGAUUUUAAGCAAAAUGCGGAACAGAUGAACGAUCUACUAGCGAAGAUGUCGGAGCUGCAUGCUAAAAUCGCCAAAGGCGGACCACAAAAAGCCCAUGAGAAGCACAUCGCGAGGGGGAAGAUGCUGCCUCGCGAUCGGGUCACAGCCUUGGUUGACCCCGGCACGUCAUUUCUUGAACUCUCGCCGCUGGCUGGCCAUCAGAUGUAUGGGGCCGAUGAGGUUCCCUCUGGAGGCAUAAUCACAGGCAUUGGCACCGUGGAAGGGGUGACAUGCAUGAUUGUGGCAAACGACAGCACCGUGAAGGGAGGAACAUAUUUCCCGAUCACUGUAAAGAAGCAUCUACGCGCUCAAGCAAUUGCGCAGGAGAAUAAGCUACCUUGCAUCUACCUUGUUGACUCUGGCGGUGCCAAUUUGCCUCAUCAAGCAGAUGUUUUCCCCGACAGGGACCACUUUGGCCGCAUUUUCUUCAAUCAGGCCCGGAUGAGCUCUCUAGGUAUCCCUCAGAUUUCCGUUGUCAUGGGCCCUUGCACCGCCGGUGGUGCGUAUGUUCCCGCCAUGAGCGACGAAACCAUCAUCGUCGAGAAUCAGGGAACCAUUUUCCUUGCAGGCCCACCGCUCGUCAAAGCCGCAACCGGUGAAGUCGUCUCCGCUGAAGACCUCGGCGGCGGAAAGCUUCACAGCUCGAUCUCCGGUGUUACAGACUAUCUCGCCGUCGACGAUGCGCACGCCCUCGUCCUCGCCCGCAGGUCCAUCUCUAACCUCAACUAUCCCAAAUCCACCUUCCCACUUCUCUCGCCGUCAACCUCUCAAUUCAAAGAGCCUCUGUACGACCCGGAGGAACUGUCUGGGAUCGUAGGCACCAAUCUUCGCCGUCAGCUCCCAGCCCACGAGGUCAUCGCUCGCAUUGUCGACGGGAGCGAAUUCGCCGAAUUUAAGCGCGAUUACGGCUCAACCUUGGUCACCGGCUUUGCCCGCAUAUACGGCACCCAGGUCGGCAUCGUUGCUAACAACGGAAUUUUGUUCUCCGAAUCGUCGCUCAAGGGCGCACAUUUCAUCGAGCUCUGUGCUCAAAGAAAUAUCCCGUUGGUGUUUCUGCAGAAUAUCUCGGGCUUCAUGGUUGGUGCAGACGCUGAAAAAGGUGGUAUCGCAAAGAACGGAGCCAAGCUCGUCACCGCCGUGGCGUGUGCAGAUGUCCCCAAGUUCACAGUAGUCUUUGGCUCUAGCGCCGGCGCGGGGAAUUACGGAAUGUGUGGCCGCGCUUACUCUCCUCGUUUCCUCUACAUGUGGCCCAACGCCAAAAUCGGCGUCAUGGGCUCCGAGCAGCUGUCCGCUGUGAUGGCUGCAGUCGGCAAAACCGCCGAUCCGAACCUCAAAGCCCGCAUUGACGCAGAGUCAGAAGCCAUCUUCUCUUCUGCACGGCUGUGGGACGACGGAGUCAUUCCGCCAGCGCACACGAGGAGAAUCCUGGGCUUGAGCUUGGCAGCGUCGUUGGGUGGAAGAGCUGAGGAUGUGAAGACGAAGUUUGGUGUGUUCAGAAUGUAA